AUGCACGGUGUUUCGAGAUUAUUACCGAGAACUAGUCGAAGUUUGAUCAUUUAUAGGCAGACGUCUGCCGGACCACCGCCUGCGGACCCGCCGAAACCGGGUGGAUUGAUGCAUAAGUAUGAGGAGUUUAUUGGAAGGUGGCCGAAAGCUUUGGCACUUCAUCGUACUGUUAUGGAAGGCUCGCGCUGGUGCUUUUGGGAUGUGAAGACGUUUUGGAGAACGAAACGCGCGCUGAUGAACGGCGAGAAGAAGCUGACGGAUUUGAAUUUGCACGAAUUGGAGACAUUGGUACAGAUGCCGAUCGAGGGUCCGAAAAUGACGGUGAUCACCAUUCUUCUGCCAAUGCCGCUCACCGUUUACAUUUUUGGUUUCGCUGUAAUAUUCUUCCCUCGAAUUGUUCUUACCCGCCAUUUUUGGUCCGACGCUCAACGACGCGAGUUUUUCGAUCGUGAUAUCAAGAAGGCGUUGACGAGCGGCGAGAAGCUCGUUGAGAAGAUUGGCAAUCCGAACAUCACCGUGGAGAAGCAGCUCAAAAAGUAUGAGGAGAUGGAUCCGACCCAAAAGUUCUUCAUGCUUGGCCUCCAAUCCAUGUAUCCACUACCACUAGCACGGCGGCGGUUGGAAAAACGGCAGGAAGCGUUGAGAGCCCUUGACGCCGCAAUGCCGCAAUAUAUCGAUGAGCUCAAUGAGAGGCAGCUUGUGUUUCAUUGCUACAUUCGAAAAAUCGAGAUUGUAACGAAAAACGCUGAGGAGAUGAAAAAUGAAUUGAGGAAAUACUUGAAAAUUACGUCCCGUCUCUCGAACACUGCUUACCUCUACGCGCCGAUAAUGAUGCGAAAAAAUUCCUGA